GUUGACGGUCCCUGUACAGGUGCCAAGGGAGCUCGUGGUGUAUGCAUACCCACCUCGAAAUGUACUCAGGGAGGGGGAAGCUUCGUGUCCGAUAAAUGCCCAGGCACACCCGAGGAUAUCAAAUGCUGCACCAAGACGGCCUGUGGAACAGACAACAAAGGAAACUGCCGCUUCACGUCCUCCUGCAGCUCUGGCAAUACCGAGAACAAUAAGUGUCCUGGACCUGACGACUUCAAAUGCUGCAUGCCAGGCGAGGGAGGCGGAUACCCUGCCCCAACGAUCCCCAGUACCGGCAGCGGGUGCAAAAAGGUGGCUAUUGAUGGCGCCAAAGCAAUCGUUGAUGCAUUCCCAGGUAAAAUCAAGUCCAUCGGGUGUAUCAGGAAGUGCGACGAUUCUAGUUCGAGCGAUCACUGUACUGGGAUGGCAACGGAUAUGAUGGUUGCGGACGGCGGGGUCAAGACUACCGCAGGCGAGCCGAUUGCUGAAUGGGUCAUGAACCACGCCAAAGACCACUCCGUCAGCUAUGUUAUGUGGGGACAGAGGAUCUGGAAUGUCGGUAGAGACUCUGUUCAGCCUUGGUCGCAGUGGAGGUAUCAGUCCUGCACGGUCAUCAAGAAUUGUGAACAUGGUGAUCGAGGAGACAAUACCGCUAAUCAUUGGUAA